CCUUGCUGCCCCACAAUCCUCAGCUCCUUCCGUCUCCGCGCAGCGCUCGUGGGAACUUCCUGUAGCGAUGGCCGCGGCGGUGGCGGGGAUACUUCGAGGCGGUGUCCCGCCCCGGGCGGCUUGGCUACCCACCCUCCAGACUGUGCGCCAUGGCUCCAAGGCUGUGACCCGCCACCCUCGUGUUAUGCACUUUGAGCGGCAGAAGCUAAUGGCUUUAACUGAGUAUAUUCCUCCCAAACCUGCCAUCAACCCUAGAUGCCUGCCACCUCCUCCCAAGCCCCCCAAGGAGGAGUCCGGCCUCAUCCAUCUCCUGCGUCGGGAUAUAGUAGCAGUUUUUCGAGACAACCGAAUGAUAGCCGUCUGUCAGAAUGUGGCCAUGAGUGCAGAGGACAAACUUCUCCUGCGGCACCGGUUGCGGAAACACAAUAUCUUGAUAAAAAUCUUCCCCAACGAGGUCCUGAAGCCUUUUCUAGGAGAUUCCAAAUACCAAAACCUGCUUCCCCUUUUUAUUGGGCACAAUAUGCUGCUGGUCAGUGAGGAGCCCAAGGUCAAGGAAAUGGUGCGGAUCCUAAAGAGCGUUCCUUUUCUGCCGCUGCUGGGUGGCUGUGUGGAUGACACCAUCCUCAGCAGGCAGGGAUUCGUAGAGUAUGCCAAGCUGCCCAGCCUGGACCUGCUGCAAGGGGAGCUGGUAGGAGGACUUACUGGCCUCAUGGCCCAGACCCACUACCUGCUUCAGCACCAGCCUGCCCAGCUGACUUCCCUGCUGGAUCAGUAUAUCAAACAGCAACAGGAGGGAGAGUCUACCACGUCAGCCAGUGGGACACCACCUCCUUCUGACCUGACUCCAGAUUCCUAGCCCACCUGUUUUACCCAGUUCUGCCCAUAAAUACACUCUGUCCCUGCUGUCUGUGUUGUCUGGCAGAGGUCUAAAAGAAUCAGGAGUGUGGGAAUGGCAUGUGUGCCUUGGCUCUCAUUCACAAUGACCUCCUUGGGGACAGGCCUCUUGGAAGAAUCAGAGAAAUUCCAUUUCAAAUUGAGGCUGUCCAUUGUCUUCAGUUUCACUAGUCACUGUCUUUAGUUGUCCCAACAAGGGACCUAAUAGGAAUAGUCUCCUUCAGUUCUCCAGGUACAAAGCAGACAGGGAUGGAGAGUCUUGCCCAGCCUUGUCAUCUCCUGUCCCUGCUCUGUGUCUUCCCAGCCCACCCUGUCGUUCCUCCGAAUGCCACAAUGGACCUUGUGAAUGGCACUGAGUCACGGGCCAAGUACCAUACUAAACCCAGAUGCCAGCUCCUUUAUCUCUUACCAUUCAGGAAACCGCAGAGUUGGAAAUCCUGGAUAAGGCCUUGAGCUUGGUUCUCAGAAGUCUCAAGUUCCCAUAGCAGAGCUUCUUCAUAAAGUUACCCAGGAGUGGGUCCUGGGUAGACUCUGAGGUUCCUGGUCCACCCUGAGGUGUGCUGGGUUGUGGAAGAAGUUGGAAAACUUAUUUGUUAUAAAAAUAAAAUGCAUUUUAUGGACUCUU